UGCAAAUUCCAGAAGCCCCCUUCCCUGCUUGUGUGCCUUGGAGUGGGAAAACUUGUUAAAAGAGGGAAGCGCAUACCUUUGUUGACAAAUAAGUUAAAUUCUAAAGCGAAAGUGGAAUAUUUUUUUGCGGAGACUUGUAUUUCCUUGUGCUACAGCUGGAAAAUCAAACCUUGUCCGGUGGUCGACUUGCGUGCAACCUCAUCUGCUGGUGAUAUUCCUUAUGUUUAUUUGCGUUAACCACAACACCAGUGUGCAACAUCGUAAAGUUGUGUCGAUCUGCAGAUUAGAAGUUGUGUCGUGGUAUAUCUUUAUCAUAAAUGAAUGGUUAUGUCAGUAUUGUUUACCCUCUGAUAUACUAACUACGUUAUCUGGCUAGCGUUAGCUACGCUAGUCUUGCCGUUAGCUGACAAGAGGUAGCCAGUAGCAGCAACCUCUCAAGUGACCUCUCACAUUAUUAUCUAGCACGGCAUACUUCCUUCCCAAAUUAACGGACAUCUUGUUGAACCUCCGAUGAUACAAAACUGAACCGAGCGUUGACGUGUAACUACCCUCAACAGUGUGUGUUGUUGAUGGUGACAUGGCAUCUUGUCAACUAGCGUUAGCCAACAUUACUGUUAGCCACGUCCCUGCAUCCGUGUCAGAGGUUGUCUUCAGAUAGCUGGCCAGUCCUGCUACAUUCGGUGGCUGUCUGCGCACCUCCAUAUGUCAUGGCAAUGGAAAUGGGGUUUUGAGACAUAACGGUAGAUAUGAUGUUUGGACUUAUAUAUGUCGACCCUGUGUUGGGAGUGUUUCCUGGGUAACGCUAGCUAAAGAGGAUGGGCUCAUUGUCAGAGGAGGAAAGUCAUCCUCAUGAUUGCUCGAUAACAUCAAUUGACAUUACCCCGUAUCGAUUACCGGCCUUCGCGAAAAGCAAUACACCGUGGAAGACUGAGACUUCGCCUGGCGAGGAAGCGACACCGGAGACCAGAGUUGUCCGUAGUAGCAGAGAUCUCUAACCUAUUCACCUGAGCAGCUCUCGACAUGUCAGUGAAUGGUAACAGCUUGGUGUCCCGGUCUGGGGAUACCCCGGCGUUCAUGUCUGUCCCCUCCUCGUCUAACUCAUCAGCUGUGUCCCCCACUGCUCAGUCCAACCGAGGAUGUCAGAAUGGUGCCUUCAUGGACUCCUUUGGGAUAUUCCUCCAAGGUCUUUUAGCGGUUGUUGCAUUCAGCACGUUGAUGCUGAAACGGUUCAGAGAGCCCAAGCAUGAGAGGAGGCCUUGGAAAAUCUGGUUUCUUGACACAUCCAAACAGGCCAUAGGGAUGCUGUUCAUUCACUUUGCCAACGUGUACUUGUCUGACCUCACAGAGGAAGACCCCUGUUCUCUAUACCUCAUCAACUUCCUGCUAGACGCCUCGCUGGGCAUGCUGUUCAUCUACGCAGGCGUCCGGGCAGUCAGUGCAGUGGUGGAGUGGAGACAGUGGGACCGCUUACGCUUCGGAGAAUAUGGUGAGCCCAUUCAGUGCAGUGCCUGGGCGGGCCAGUGUGCCCUCUACAUCCUGAUCAUGAUGGUGGAGAAGCUGCUCAUCAUGCUGGUGCUCCUCAUGCCACAGUGGAAGAAGCUAGCUCCCCUGAACCCCAUAACCAAUCCAGAGUUGGAGCUGGCCAUCGUAAUGCUCAUCGUCCCGUUCUUCGUCAAUGCCCUGAUGUUUUGGGUGGUGGACAACUUCCUGAUGAAGAAGGGCCGGACAAAAGCCAAGCUGGAGGAGCGGGAGGGCAGCGAGGAGGCACGCGGCAGCACCAAGGUGCGCUACAGGCGGGCCCUCUCCCACGACGACUCGGAGUCAGAGAUCCUGUUUUCAGCUGAUGAUGAGAUGGAGGACUCGGAGGGUGAGGAUGAUGUGCGGCGGCUCACAGGCCACAAGUCGGUGAAGAAGAAGAAGCACCGCAUGGGCAUCCCGCCAGGUGAAGUGAAGAAGAAGAAGAGGCCUCCAAUGAAGGAAGAGGACCUGAAAGGGGCCCGCAGCAAGCUGGGACUCAAAGGAGAGCCGAAGAGUAAGACCUAUGAGGUCAUGGUUGAGUGCGAGCGCAUGGGUAAGGUUGCCCCAUCUGUGUUCAGUGGUGUGGGCUCUGGAGGAGAGACGGCCUUUGACAAGCCCAAGGCCCCUGCAUCCGGAAGCGUCUUUGGAAAAUAGACCCCAGCCUGGCAGAAAACAGCAUGCCGCUCCCAAGGACUGUUGAACUCAACUCAACUAAUUCUUUACCUGUGCAAUAUUUUUGAAUGAGUGUGUGCGUGUGAAUGAAAAUGUGUACCGGUAAGCCACUCCUGUCGUAAGAGCAAUGGCCAAUUUAACCUGACACUAAAGUUGUGGUAGGCUAUAGUGAUUUUGAGUUUACUUAAAUGGAAGUGUAGAACUUUUUGAUAAAUAAGUUUUUAUAACAACAUUUGCUAAAUUGUUACAUUUAAAUAUAAUUCAGCUGUUUUUGUAACAGUUCACAUUAGAGUCUUAUUUAUGUUAUUUUAUAAUAAAUAUCCAGCAUUGACUGUG